AUGUAUAAGAAGAGGCACAUGUGGGAAAGUGCAUACCUACGCGGAAAGUUUUGUGCUGGAUACCGAACCACAUCUAGGUGUGAGGGGAUAAAUUCUCAUGUCAAGAAAUUCCUAACCUCGAGAUACAGUAUUGUGGACCUUGUGCAAAAUCCGGAGUUGGUAGUCCGUGAAUACCGUAACAAUGAGUUGGUUGCACAGUACACUUCAAUGUACAGUACUCCAUUCCUCACAACAUGUCUAGAUCCUAUUGAGAAGUGUGUUGCGGCUGUCUACACUAGAGCAAUAUUUAUGCAAGUUAAGAGAGAGAUUGAUGGUGUAGAAGGCCUUAAUUUUGUGAGCAAAAGGAGGGUUUCAACGACAAUGGUCUACACUACCAAAGAAUAUGGUCAUCCUGGUCAGAACGUAGUGACCUUAUUUGACAAUAACUCAUUAAAAUUUGAAUGUCGAUGUCGAUUUUGGGAGAAGGAAGGAUUUUCGUGUAAGCACAUGUUUUUCGUAAUGAAGCAUGAGAAUUUGAAGGAUAUUCCAAGCCGUUUGAUUUUGAAGCCAUGGAGGAGAGAUGCCAAGGCUAUUGAUGAGUACGAAGAAAGAAGUAACAAGAGCUUAAGUGAGAGAGGUUUUCUAUUAUGCCAUGGGGCACUCCACGCUGCAUUGCAAUGGAUGUUGUAUCUUGGAUCGAAAAAUCAUUCAGUUUUCAAAUCUGCCAUGGAUGGAAUUCGCAAUCUUUGUAGCCAACUUGAGGAGCUGUUGGGACAAGCCACUAGGGGAAAAAAGACACAUGUUGAACAACAUGUUAGAGAUCCUAUCGUUGUAAAAACUAAAGGAGCCCCCCGCUCAAGAGGACAAAAGGGAAAAAAGAGGAGAUGUACCAACUACAAGAAGACUGGCCACAAUAAAUGA